CCUGCUUUUUGCAAUCCGUGCUAAUCAAUCGAAUUAAAUGUUUAUUUUGGGUGUACGUGGUGUUAUUUGUUAAAUUAUUAGCCAACCCGGUCCAUAGAUUUAGUAAAAAUAGAAAAAUUCCUUUCCCAUAGUGCUUUAAAAUCUUUACGAUGGCUGAUUUAAAAAGAGAAGAAAUAUUGCUGCUGUUCGAUGUGGACGGAACUCUAACUGCACCACGUUCUACCGUAGAACCUGAAUUCGAAGACUUCUUUUAUAAUCAAGUAAAACCCCGUGCAACUAUUGGUAUCGUAGGUGGUUCGGAUUUGGAAAAGAUGUUCGAACAAUUAAAUGGUAAAAAGAUUUUGGAACAUUUUGAUUUUGUAUUUCCCGAAAAUGGUUUGGUGCAAAUCGAAAAGGGAAAAGAAAUGGGCAAACAAAAUAUAAUACAACACUUGGGCGAGGAUACCAUUCAAAGAUUUAUUAAUUUUGUUUUACGUUAUUUAUCGGAACUGAAGUUGCCUUUUAAAAGAGGAACCUUUUUGGAGUUUCGUAAUGGCAUGAUGAAUGUGUGCCCCGUGGGAAGACAGUGUUCUCGCGAAGAGCGAAAUUUAUUUGCCGCCUACGAUAAGGAACAUCAAGUGCGCCGCAAAAUGAUUGAGGUUUUAAAAAAUGAAUUCUCUGAGGUAGAUUUGACUUACAGUAUCGGUGGCCAAAUAAGUUUUGAUGUCUUCCCCAAUGGAUGGGAUAAAACCUAUUCAUUACGCUACAUUGAGGCUCAUUAUAAGUUCAAGGAAAUACAUUUCUUUGGUGAUAAAACCGAACCCGGCGGUAAUGAUUAUGAAAUUUUCAUCGAUCCCCGUACUAUUUCACAUAAAGUGGAAUCACCCCAUGAUACCAAGAGAAUAUUAACUGAAUUAUUAAAACUAAAUUAAUUCCUUUUAAAAUGCAUUUAUUAUUGUUAUACCAAAUAAAAGAACAAUUGUUAUAAAAAAAUAUUUUUAAGAAAAA